AUGAACCCGAAGCAAUUUGGGUUCAAAGAACAAACUUCUACCGUAAAUGCCCUCAAUCAAGCUCUUAAAGAUAUUCAAUCAGCUCGCCAGGACAAAAAACUAGUGAUAGCAGUGUCUAUGGACAUCCAAGGUGCCUUUAACAAUGCCUGGUGGCCCAAGCUUUUGCAGAGACUCCAGCUUGUUGAGUGUCCUCAAAACAUAUAUAAACUCAUCACGAACUACCUCAAUGAUCGGACAGUUACUCUUAAUUAUGCCGACUCAAGCGCCUCUAAAACAAUGACUCGUGGAUGCAUACAGGGCUCGGUCUGUGGACCGAGUUUCUGGAAUAUCAUCUUGGAUGAACUCUUCGAGCGGGAGCUCCCGUCAGGGUGUAAGCUGCAGGCUUAUGCGGAUGAUGUAUUGCUGAUCUGCACUGCCAAAGACUUGUCACAACUGGAACGCAAUACAAACACAGCUCUUGAAAUCAUAACAGCUUGGGGAGAGAGUGCAAAGCUCACAUUUGGCCCUACAAAAACACAAAUGAUUGGCUUUACCCCGACUGCUCGUAAAGCUUGCAUCACCCACCGUGGUAUUCGUCUGCAAUUUAAGACUGACAUAAAAUUACUUGGCAUCAUAAUCGAUCAAAGACUAACCUUCACAAAACACGUUGACUACACCAUCUGUAAAGCUCUUAAAAUCUAUCGUUCACUUUGUAAAUUUGUUCGCCCCACAUGGGGAGUUCAUAGCCAAAACAUCUCAACAAUAUACCAACAAGUCAUCCAACCCAUUAUCACAUAUGCAGCCGGAAUCUGGGGUGAUGCAAUUAAAUUCAAGAAGGUUAAAAGAAGUCUCUUGUCCUUGCAGCGUGGGUUUGCUGUUAAGAUAAUACGUGGUUUCCGUACUGUAUCAACUAUUGCUGCUAUCUCGCUUGCACGGCUCACUCCACUUGACCUAAAAGUCCACGAGGUUUGCGUCACCGAGCGUGCAAAACUCUCGGAAUGCUCCCCAUAUCUCCCUUCGAACAUCAAGUUACAAAAACCCACACCACCAGCAAAACUUCCCCACCCUGCAGUGCGACAGGGCAUCAAAUUCUCUUCGGCAUAUACCGAGCAAGAUAUUGAUAGACUUUGCCCAUCUGACGGCACCAAGAUCUUCACCGAUGGCAGUAAGCUGGAGGAUGGUAAAGUUGGAGCAGCGUAUGUCAUUGUGAAGCCUAACCAAACGCUUAUAACUUACAAACUUAAGCUCCACAACAGCUGUACCGUCUUUCAAGCGGAACUGUUAGCCAUUGAACGUGCUGUUAGAUGGGCCACAGAAUCCAGUAAUACCGAAAGGGCAACAGUUCUCUCGGACAGCCAUUCUGCUCUUCAAGAGUUAGCAAAUAUGCACACCACCAACAGCUUGGCAGUAAUGACUCAUAAUCAUUUACGUCUCCAUCCAGGAUGCGUGGAGUUCGUCUGGGUUAAAGCACAUGCCGGCCUGGAAGGCAACGAAACAGCAGAUGAGGCCGCAAAAAGUGCAGCGUCUUCUCAGCGUGCUCCCGACUUUUCUAGAUUUCCGAUCAGUCAUGUAAAGCGCGGUAUACAAGAAAUAAACCAACGUCUCAAUAAUGAUCGGUAUAUUACUGCUAGCACGGGUGCCCUUACUCGUAACUGGCUUCCAAACCUGGACAACAUUAUCCAACUUUUCGCUCAGGUGGAAUACUCCUUCCACCUGACACAAAUUCUUACCGGUCACGGCUAUCACCGACAAUACUUACAUCGGUUCAAGAUAGCUGAGACCGACAAGUGUAAUUGCGAUCCAAAUGCUGUCCAGGAUAUACUCCAUCUACUCAAAGACUGUCCGCGUUUUAUCCGGCAAAGAGUGCAACACAUGGCUAUAUGCCAGUACCUUAAAGUAAAACCUUUUGAAAUAUCGGACCUGUUAAAGAGGGAAAGCACCAUCAAAUCAUUCAUAGAACUGUGUAAAUAUAUUGUAAAUAAUUUAAAAGAAUACAAUAGUACUUAA